GUGCGCCUCGGGCCUUGGUCUCCACGUGGGUUCAGUAGAGAAACCCGGGACUGGGGAUCAUGGCGGGAGCUGAGACUGGGGUCGCGGCAGGAGCCGAGGCCCCGCAGCCCCAGAAGCGCUACUAUCGGCAACGUGCUCACUCCAACCCCAUGGCUGACCACACGCUGCGCUACCCUGUGAAGCCUGAAGAGAUGGACUGGUCUGAGCUAUACCCAGAGUUCUUCGCUCCACUGACUCAAAAUAAGAGCCACGAUGACCCAAAGGAUAAGAAAGAAAAGAGAGCUCAGGCCCAAGUGGAGUUUGCAGACAUAGGCUGUGGCUAUGGUGGCCUGUUAGUGGAACUGUCACCGUUGUUCCCAGACACACUGAUUCUGGGUCUGGAGAUCCGGGUGAAAGUCUCAGACUAUGUACAAGACCGGAUUCGGGCCCUUCGAGCAGCUCCUGGAGGUGGCUUCCAGAACAUCGCCUGUCUCCGUAGCAAUGCCAUGAAACACCUUCCUAACUUCUUCGGCAAGGGCCAGCUGACAAAGAUGUUCUUCCUCUUCCCUGACCCACAUUUCAAGCGGACGAAGCACAAGUGGCGAAUCAUUAGUCCCACGCUGCUGGCAGAAUAUGCCUACGUCCUUAGAGUCGGGGGGCUGGUAUACACCAUAACUGAUGUGCUGGAGCUACAUGACUGGAUGUGCACCCAUUUUGAAAGGCACCCCCUGUUUGAGCGUGUGCCCCUGGAGGAACUGAGUGAAGACCCCAUUGUGGGACAUCUGGGCACCUCAACCGAGGAAGGCAAGAAAGUCUUACGCAACGGAGGCAAGAAUUUCCCAGCCAUCUUCCGAAGAAUACAGGAUCCCACCCUCCAGGCAGUGACCCCCAGUCCCACCCCCCUGGGCCACUGACGGCCUGCCUUGCCUUAGCUUGACCCCAGGACCUUCCCAGCCGAGACUGCUAGGGCCAAGAGGCGACAGUCUUUCAAAGAAGUUGGGGAACUGCCCAGGCCAGAAGGCUGGGAUUCACAACUGACCUCUCAUCUUGCCUGUCUGUCACCAACAGAAAGCAAAAGAAGCUAACUGGGAAGGUCAAAAGAUCUUGGACCAGAAGGGAUGUUUGGAAGGGUGUGGGGUCUUGCUCUUCCUUAGCACUUCCUUCUCCUUCUGGGAUCUCCUCAGCUGGAGUGAGGAAUGCAAUUCUCCACUCCAUCUAAACUGCUUGCUAGACUAAAAUUGCCUGUCCACUUGUGUUUACUUGGCAGUCCUGGGGAUAACGUGUAUA